UCUUCAAUCUCAGGCCUGCGGUCGGUGGCUGCUUCUCUCGCUCUCAUUCGCCCGACACGCACACCCCCUUCCACCUCACCCCCAAGUCCACGUGCAUGUGUGACAAAUACGUGGUAAGUUAAACAACUUAACCACUUACUAUAGUAGUUACCUUAGGCAUGGAAAGGAUCUCGACCCCAGCAGAUCAUCUCAUGAACAAGGCUGCUCCACCGCAUGGAGACACCCGCGGAUCGAUCUAUCAGAACCCGAGGCCUUGCAUCAUUUUCACCAACUUCAGCGUCGGGCUUGCAGGAAACACGCUGCUCUUUGGGGGUUUCGCCCCGGAAAGGCUUUUUCCCCCUGCCACAUGGUUGGCAUCUGCAUUUUGACUACUAGACCACUUUGGGACCGGGCUUUUUUGGUCGGUCCUCUGUCCUAACUGUUUUCUCGUUUGUUGCUCCUGUAUUGGGGAGGAGGAGAGGUGGGGGGUGCAGGCUAAUCUUUCGCCUAAGGUACGAGCCUAACCCACCUGGUCGUGAUCCAUCCUAUCACCCCCAUCACACAGACAAACAUGCUAUUGC